AGAGACAGAUUUGUAUUGCUGUGGGUCUUGCACUAUUGUACAUCUGAUGAUGGUCAUGCUGUUUUUUCACUUCUGGAUCUGAUUAAUCAUGUGUCUCGCAUUUUUUGUAAAGGUAAUUAAUCAUGGUCAAUGUUAAUUUACUAUUUCCUAUCAAUGGACCAGUGGUUUUGGUGUCAGGAGUUCAAGUCUCAGAAAAGACUUGUGUAUGUGAGUACCCAACUAGGGAAAAAAAAUUUGUUGUUUCCUAAAAUUAAGAGAAAUAUGGUGUUUUUAUCAGCUGGGGGUAGGGUAACAACAUAACCAUUACUCCCGCAGUAUUGAAUUUUUUUCCAUACACGAAAGUGUGUGAUAUUCAGGACUUGUUGGUCCUUUAAUUUUUUUAUUUGUUUUUAUUUAUCCAUUGUUGGUUCAUAUCAUAUGUGUGUAUGAAGAACCAGCAAUUCCUGAAUCUGUACAAAUGCUUUGAAUAUUAUGAAUAUUCCACUAAUUCUUUAAUUUCAAACUAUUUUAACUUGUUUAUCCAGUAUUUAUUUAUUUUUUGAGAGAGAGAUGGAAGAUGUUUGCAUUUGACAUGUGAUAGGGAUGGAUACACAUUCUGAGUAUUAUAGUUAAGGGGAAGGGGCGGUUAAGGGAUGUAAAUGUAGUGGUGGGGAAGUUAUGGACAGUUAUGUCUACACUCCAAAAGCCCGCCCUUUUGAAUUCCCUUUUUUUUUUUUUUAAUAAAAAUUUCAAACCCCCUCAAUAAUUUGAAAAAUACACAACCCACAUGAAUUUAGAGGGAAACAAACAAGUGCAGAUUUGCAGAGCACAAAAAAGAAGAUAACAAACAACAAAAAAACAUGAGCAUGGUUGACAGUAGUGGUUUCAUAUUGCUCUUGUUGCUCACCAUGUCAUUUCUUGUAAGAGGAAUUGCAGGUUCAGGUGGAGGAGUAGGAGGAGGGAGAGGCCAAUCACCACAUUCACACCCCCCCAAGCAACGUAGCUCUGCUCUAUUCAACGUCAAGAGCUUUGGUGCUCGAGCAGAUGGACGUACCGAUGACACCAAAGCCUUCAGGGCAGCGUGGAGGGAGGCAUGUCGGUCUGAAGGUACGGUAUAUCUUCUGAUACCGAGAGGAACAUACCUGAUUGGCCCUAUUGAAUUUUCAGGCCCCUGCAAAAAUGUAUCAUCACUAAUAGUUAGAAUGAAGGGAUAUUUGAAGGCUACAACAGACUUGUCCAAGUAUGGGCACAGUGCUGGAUGGGUUGAAUUUGGAUGGGUAAAUGGAUUAGUGUUGACCGGAGGUGGGACUUUUGAUGGUCAAGGUGUGAAAGCCUGGCCCUUCAACACGUGCUUCACCAACUCCAGUUGCAAACUUCUUCCCACUAAUUUAAAGUUUGUGGCAAUGAAUACAACGGUCGUUAGAGGCAUAAAGUCACGGAAUAGCAAGUUCUUUCACGUAGCUCUUGUAGACUGCAAGAACUUCAAAGGGAGUGAAAUCAGCAUCUCUGCCCCAGCAAACAGUCCCAACACUGAUGGGAUCCACAUCGAGCGAAGUUCUGCUGUUUAUUUUUCUCGAUCACUUAUAGGCACUGGUGAUGAUUGCAUAUCCGUUGGACAAGGAAAUUCUGAGGUCACCAUUACAAGCAUCACUUGUGGACCAGGCCAUGGCAUCAGUGUUGGAAGUUUGGGAAGAUAUCCCAACGAAGGAGACGUAAGUGGACUUGUGGUCAGAGAUUGUACCAUGACUGGAACAAUGAAUGGCAUUAGGAUCAAGACAUGGCCCAACUCUCCUGGCAGGAGCACAGCCACUAAUAUGACAUUUGAGAACAUUGUCAUGAACAACGUCACCAAUCCAAUUAUAAUUGACCAGACAUAUUGUCCAUUUGCUUCCUGUGCUUCCUUGGCACCAUCUCGAGUGAAGCUAAGUGACAUAUAUUUCAAGAACAUAAGAGGAACCUCAUCUUCUGCAGUAGCAGUGACAUUGGAGUGUAGCAAAGGGAUCCCAUGCCAAAACAUUUGUCUUGAAGAUGUCCACUUGGAUCUUUCAUCAGGGGAGAGAGAUGCCACUUCUUCGUGUAAAAAUGUUCGAGCCAAAUACAUCGGAACCCAAAUUCCACCACCUUGCACUUAGGUUCGAUAAUAGGCAGCGCUAAAUUUGGAUCAACUAGUGAUGAUAUUCCACAGUGCCAGUUAUAUCAUUUCCUCUUGGGUGGAUUAUGUAUUUGUAAGAACUCUGUGCUUUCUCAAAUAUUGGAUUGUAUUUCUCAAUUUAAGUUGCAAUGGUUUGUUUGGCGAAUGUGCAUGCACACUCCUAUUUUCUUCUUUCUGUGAUAUUGUGGACUCGGGUUUUCGGUGGUUUUCUCUAAAUAUUUCUCUGGAUUUGAAUUUUGUUG